AUGACCGAGGAGCUCCACACCUGCGACUUGACGUCCGCGUCCAGCGACACGGAGGAGACUUUAGAAGCCGUGAAAAGUCGCGUCAUGGAGAGCGAGCAGCCGAUUUUCUCGGUGUUGGGCGGCGAUGUGAAGCCGCUGAAAGUCCCCCCGGUGCCCAACACCUGCGUCGGAGGAGCGAGCUCACCGACCUCCGACAACGAAUCCGGGAUCUUCUCUGUCGAAAGCGAGCUGUGUGUGGAGCAUGAGGCCGAGCUGGACUGGUUCUGCGGCACCGAGCACAAACUCAUCUGCUCCCACUGCGCCAUCGUGGGCUCCUGCCACGGACACACCGUGACCCCUGUGGCCACCAGAGUUACCGCAGUCAGGAACCAGCUGGUGGAUGUGUGUGAGAAAAUGCAGCUGCAGGCACUGAGGAUUGAAAGGUUUAUCGACCAGACGCUGACAGCUAAGGAGCAAAAGCUUCAGGCAGCGGCGAGCCAGGCGAGGGAGCAGGUUCUGGCUCAGGUCAACGCUGCCCGCGAAGCCCUGGAGGAGGAGGAGCAGCGCCUCCUGGAGGAGGUGCAGCGGGAGGAGGAGCGGGUGGAGCAGUGCCUCCUCACCCAGAGAGCCCACUGGAACAAGGCGCUGUCGAGUCUGUCGCAAACCCGUUCCCGCCUGGUGCACACGCUGACGCACACUCCAGACGCACAGCUGGUGACCAGCGUCCAGGAGAUCGCUGAGAGGGUGGAGGAGGCUGAGGGGGUCGGGGAGCCCUGCGACACAGACAUACUCAACCUGAACCCAAACUGCAGUGACAGCAAGCUGCUGAGAGGUCUGUGGGCGGCUGCAGUCCUGCUGGGGCCGAACGCUUAUGGAUCAUCGUAUUUAAAGUUUGACGAGCGCACAGUGAGCCCUCUCCUGUCCCUGUCUGAAGACUUCUGCACUUUGACCUUCCUCCGCAAAAAACCCCGCCAGUCUCCCGCCUACGACCCGGCUCGAUUCGACUCCUGGCCCAACGCCCUCGGCUCUCUGUCCAUGUCCUCCGGCACCCACAGCUGGGUGGUGGACGUCGGCCAGAGCGCCGCCUUCAAGGUGGGGGUCUGCUACGCCUCUCUGGAGCGCAAAGGCUCUGGGAACGAGGCCCGGCUGGGCUACAACGGUCAGUCCUGGGUGCUGUCCCACUACGACGGAGACUACUCAUUCUGCCACGCGGGGAGGAAGGUGCCGCUGCAGGUGGCGAGGAGGCCUCAGAGGAUCGGCCUGCUGCUCGACUGGCCCAGUCAGACGCUGAUGUUCUACGAGCCGGAGUCCUGCGCUGUGCUGUACUCAGUCACGCAGCACUUCAGCGCCGCGCUGCUGCCGGCGUGUGCCGUGACGGACCGCAGCAUCACCAUCCUGCACUGACGGAUCAGGAACACUAAAGGAGCUCAAACAUGUGAAGAAACAAAAAGAAGGACUUCCUCUAAUGUAAAUAUGAUCAGCAGUUAAAGAUGAGCUGCUCCAUCUGUGCAAUAAUGAAAACUCCACAUCACUGUCUAUUUAUUCACUUUGCUGCAGUAGCUGCUCGUUCUUUUAUUUUUGUGUUUUUAAUAAUUUAAUAGGUUUAAAAUCCUUUAUCUGUUGAUCAUAUGACACAGUAGUGCCCUAAUAUUAGCUAUUUUGACUGACAAGAGUUUAGUUUUAGUUUUUUUUUUACGAAGAAGAUUUUUGUAUGUAACACCAAAUGUAGAAGGAGUCGGAUGAGUGGAAUGAAGCUUCCAUAAGACUGUAGAAAACAUUAUGACACUGGUUGAUCCAGGAUUGUUUUAAAUGUCAUGUGGCAAAGAGAAACUGAAAUCAUUUUGUAUUUUUAUAAUUUUAUAUGCUGAGUAAAGCAGUUAGUACAA